CGAUUCGAGUUCAUUGUCUUAUCUGGCGAUGACACGGGCAGAGAUCCAGAGACCCGAAGACGAGUCCGCAGCGUCGCUCAAGCCAAUUAUCGCCGUCAGCAUCCCUAUGAGCGGCGCCAGACAACCGUGGAGCUCGACAUAACGCCUUUACUCGAUGGUUCCCUCCAAAGAGCCAAUACUUCCUUCAGCCAAAGAUAUCCUGGACCAACAACCUUGUUGGAUGCGAGUCGCUCCGAUCCGUUUCAGUCUUUUGGAUUGGGAGGCGAUCUGUAUGAUGGCAGUUGCCCUAAAUUCAACACGCUAGUUCAAAUCGGAUUUGUUGAUAUCGCUCGAGAGACAAUAGCGCUGUCACAAAUGCUCUCUGCAUCUGCGUGGCAUCUCGUUCACUGGUUGUGCUGCGAGAGAGAUACAGGAGAGGACGCCCGGUAUGCUAUGAUCUCCACGCAAAACAUUCAGCAGAGGUUGAACAGCGUCGCAACUGGUGCAAGUGAUGAGGUUGUUAUUGCCGUUCUGACAUCAGCAGCGCUGACUAACUCUUUGCAAAGGAUCGAAGUCAACGGCCGCUUUCGACAAGAUGCAGCGCCCCAAUAUUCUCCGCCCAAUGAUAUUCUUUCUAGUCAAAGCAAGCUGAACUUGAUGUUAUUUGACAUGACUCAACUCUCAUCCGGCUGUGUCAUACCUACUGUCGAGCGAUGUGACAUCUCCAAGUAUCUUUGCCACCAGUUGAGACAUCUCAAUGAUAUAAUUGCAGCGGAGACCUUGACACGGAAUCUAUGGAUAGAUCCCUUAUUUCCUGUAUAUCACAUUUCACCAGUUUUACACCAUUUUCUCUGUCUUCCUCGCUCCUCAAUAUAUGAGGAGAUUCAUGCUCGUCAAAGAGAAUGCUUCCGCCUCGCGGGAAUUCUGUACCUCGGCAAUCUACGAGCCAGAUUUGACUUUGAGCCUGGUGCGGGGAUGUUGUACGGAACGAAAUUGCUGCUCAUACUUGGCUCGGAAGGAAUGCUUCCCAAGUGGGAGACAUCUAAUAAAUUUCUCAUCUGGAUACUCACCGUUGCUGCCUGCUCGCCAAUUUUAUUCGACGAUCUAAGAAUACAGUUCGCGGCAUUGCUGUCAGGUAGCGCUCAAUCUACAGGAUUGACUACUUCUCAAGACUAUCUGGCCGCAAUAAAAGGUUUCAUUUGGUGCGAUUCAGCUUUUGGGGCGACAUUGAAGAGUUUAUCGAGCCAGAUCUAUGAAAAAGAAUAA